UUCAUCUUCCCUGCUGCACAUUCCAAUAAUAUUGUAUCGUGGACUUCUCAGAAGUACAUCUGCACGCUGGACGGAACUCCUACGGACGGCCAGCUCGAACAGACAAUCCCUGAUUCCUGCGUUGACUCAUGCAUCCAUCCCACUGCCUUGUCCCACGGCCGUACCCACUCUCCGCAUGUUCUGCGGGCUAUUAUUAACAUAACCGGAUUAAAUGCUCGCCGCCUUCUCAGGAGACGUUCUAUCCUCGUCUCAAUGAGUCGGACAAACCAACCGUCCUCGGCGUCCGCAGGCCCACCAGCUGCUACCUCGAAGCUCGUCAGUCAGAGUCUGUCUCAGAAAUGGAAUGUGCGGGCUGCUGCCGAUGGUAAUACGUGCCACAUCCUUUGUUAUAUUUACUUCCUACUUUGACUUGGUUCUUUUACUUUAAGCCCAUGAUCAUGUCCUUUUGAUUCAAAAGACGACUGGUCGUCGCUUGGUCAUCUUCUCUUGUCUGCUUGACCCAAAUAAGAAGCAUCCCUUCGCCGAGGUUCAGGAACCACCGCGACGCCUGUCUUCUCCCUUUUCCACAUCUGUUUUAUUCCACCAUGUUUGGAAGGAAUUUUCCAUUUGCAAACCCUAUCGGAGGCUUUUAUGCACGUGGUAAUUAGCUUUCCCUCUAGAACCCACCAUUCUUCCACUGGUGCAUAUCAACAUGUGUGGGGUGCUGUUCCCGACGCUGUGUUGCUGUCCUUCCACCGCUAUUUCUCUCUACAUGAUGGUCCCUUGAUUGCUGCAUGUUCAGUCGCAGAGCGCGCACACACGGCGUGGUUAUCUCUGUAUUAAAAAUAUCUGUCCUCAUGGAGAUCAUGUGACCCAGUCAUCAACAUCGAACGUCAUUGAAAAGGCUAUCGCCAUGCUAACUAGCCCCCUCUCCCUCCAGAUUACAGAGAUACAAGAAGACCGCCGGGGAUUGGCUACACUAGUAAAGUUCGUGUGCGGGAUCGGUAUCAUAUCGUGGGUUUCAUCAGCAGCGGUACCUACGGUCGCGUCUACAAAGCCAUAGGGAAAAAUGGCAAGAAAGGAGAAUUCGCUAUCAAAAAAUUCAAACCCGACAAAGAAGGGGAGUCCAUUCAGUAUACUGGCCUCUCACAGUCAGCCAUUCGGGAGAUGAGUCUCUGCUCUGAACUAUCGCAUGCCAACGUAGUCCGGCUAGAGGAGAUCAUCCUGGAGGAUAAAUGCAUUUUCAUGGUUUUUGAGUACACCGAGCAUGACCUGCUUCAGAUUAUUCACCACCACACACAGCCACAGAGGCGUCCCAUUCCAGCGCCUAUGGUCAGAUCCAUCCUCUUCCAACUGUUAAACGGUUUACUCUAUCUUCAUACGAACUGGGUGUUACAUCGCGACUUGAAACCGGCAAACAUUCUAGUCACUUCAUGUGGUGCCGUUCGCAUAGGGGAUUUGGGCCUUGCUCGUCUGUUCUACAAACCCCUCAACUCUCUCUUCUCUGGAGACAAGGUCGUCGUGACUAUCUGGUAUCGGGCCCCGGAACUCUUGCUGGGAAGCCGGCAUUACACUCCCGCCGUUGACCUCUGGGCUGUGGGCUGUAUCUUUGCAGAGCUACUCGCUCUCCGACCCAUAUUCAAAGGCGAGGAAGCCAAAAUGGACAGCAAAAAGACCGUCCCUUUCCAGCGAAAUCAGAUGACAAAGAUCAUCGAUAUUCUAGGCUUCCCUAAAAAGGAGACCUGGCCCGGCCUGGUCUCCAUGCCGGAAUACCCCCAGCUGCAAUCCUUGUCACUUUCCCGUUCUUUGGGCUAUUUCAGCAAGGUUCCAAAUCUAGACGGGUGGUACCAAAGCUGCCUGAAAAACAAUGGCUAUGCUGCCGGCACUCCGGCCGGUACACCAGGCGCAGAUGGCUACGAUCUACUAUCGAGACUGCUCGAGUACGAUCCCAUCAAACGCAUUACGGCCAGAGAGGCGUUGGAACAUCCUUACUUUAAGAAUGGCGGGCCUAUCAGCGCCAAUUGCUUUGAGGGCUUUGAGGGCAAGUAUCCGCACCGUCGCGUUACUCAGGAAGACAACGAUAUUCGCACGGGUAGCCUACCCGGUACCAAGCGAAGUGGUAUCCCGGAUGAUGGGCUGUUAGGCAGAGCUUCGAAGCGCUUGAAGGAGUAAUGGGGAUGUGCCCGUCCAGUCAAGGGCAACCUGGUUGCCCUCCGUUUUGUCUCUAUGGUUCGAUAGCCACGGCGUUUGGGGCUAUUCCGGAUUAUCAUUUAUUCCCUUUAUUGUCGAUAUUGUUUGCCUUGUUUGUGAUCUUAGUCGCUUCUGCAGGCAAAUCCAUCAGUUGUGAUAUGUGUUUCCAUUUAUACCCUAGCCAGUUGCGCGUUUUACAUAUAGAAAUAUGAAGACCUGUGGGGACGACGCCGAAAAUGACGGCUACCGAGGCCAGAAACGGCUACCUUUCCACCCGUAACUUCCAGC